UUUUUCUUUUUUAUGCAGUUUUGGUCGGCAGCAUCUAACCCCUCAGGGUCCUAGAACCAAUGUCCCUACAAGAAGAAAAGGGUCAGCCAGAGGAAAGGAGGGGGGUAAGUGUACUAUGCGUGACACCCACUAUUCUGUCUGAAAUAUAAACUUGGAAAUUUUUAUAACGGGACUUUGAAAUGUUGCCAUUUUUGUGUUAACACAUUUUACUUUUGCGAAAUGAAACAUGUCUUGCUAGUGGAUCCAAGUAUUUCUUGUCCCAGUACCAGAAUAGUAUUUAAAUAGUUUUCGAAUUAUAAGUACUCAAAUGUAUAAGGUAUAUUAAAGCAGGUGUGUGUUUAUAUACUAAUUAUGAUCUACCUGUUAUUUGCUAUAUGUAAGACUAAACUGAACCUCCUCGGGGUUAUACAUUUUCCUGGUAUUUAUAAAAAUAUAAUGAAUACAUUUAAUUUUAUUAUAUAUUAAUAUGCAAAUAUUUUAAUAAAAUAGAUCUCCAAAAUGCACACACAUAGAUUUAGAGAUAGUGUAUCUUGCCCCUUGCAGCUGUUGCAUGCACUGGGUAUUUAAUUUUGUUAAGUGGUGUUCUGGCACAACUCCAAAUGAUGUCCACAGUGGAGGUGAAGGGCAUGCCCUAGGGAUUGCUACUGAACCAUUAGUUUGUUGCACCCAUUGGGCAUUCAAAAGUAAUCUGGGAAUUAUUAUAGUAUAGGUUUUUACUUUCUAAUGAAGUAAAGAACCAUACAUUGACCUUUACAAAUUGCAUUUUAAGUUGGCGGAAAAUCACAUGGAAUUGUCUUUAUUUGCGUCCACCACAGUCCUUGAGGAUGAUAGAUGCACAGUGCUAAAUAUCUGCCAGGGUCUCUGAUGUACGAGAAGGCUUUAUGACACAACCUUGCUCUUAAAAACCACAUUCAUCCAUAGGUUAAGCACUUUCACUUAUGAUGGCAAACUAGGUAUGGCUGAAGGGAAGUGGCAAUGUAGGGUACUUGCUGACAGUUGGUGAAGCCCUGGCAUUUUAGUUGCGCAUGUAAUAGUAGCUUGUUCACAUUGUGCAUAAGUUCCUUUUGGGUGCUUCUUCAUAACUAGACCGCAUUCUCUUGGCAGAAUUGAUGUCAUUCAUAUUUCUUACAUAACAUAUUAUCUGGCCAGUGCCCACCUGGCAUUAGCUCCACUUGCCCAGUGUCCAGCACUUACUGUUCUUUGUCGUUGAGAUAAAGUCAAACUCUUAAUUUCAUCUCCCAUCUAGAGGGUUAAGAGUGUAUCUUAAUGAUCUCAUAUAACAUUUCGUGCAUUCUUAAUAACUAAUAAGUGAUAUAUUAAAUUGCGUGUUUAUGUAAUGACCUAUCCUAUUAAAGGUAAGGAUAACAAAGGUAACAAAACAGUGAUAUUGAUUAAGGGUUAGUCCUUGUCCUUUGUUGAUGCCAUUAACAAUGGUGCAGCAGUCUUGAUUUUUGACCAUACCACCCAUUGUUUAUUCCCCUUCAUCGCCAAGUAGAGGGCACAGUGGUGCUAUGUUUUAAUACCUAAUAAAUGCCCAUAAUGUAAUAUUCAGAAAUGGUAAAAUCUGACAGGUCAAUGUUGAUGCAAAGAGAUUAUUUUUCAAAGUCUUGUACCCUUUACUUUACCAUUUUUUUUUCUAGUUUCUAAUAAUAAAUAUAUAGUAGGCCCCUCACUUACAUUAAAAUGUGAUUAGUCGUCUCCCCUAAUUUUAGGUAAAAUGUAUUGUUCAGCCCCUAUGAAUUGCUGUUACCAUGUAAAGCAGGGGUUCUCAACCCAGUCCUCAGGACCCCCUACCAGUCCAGGGUUUAGGGAUUAUCUGGGUGUGUCUCAGGUGUUUAGAAAAAGGGGAAAAAACACCUUAGACUCUAAGGUGUUCUUUUUUUUCUUUUUCUAAACACCUUAGACACACCCAGAUAAUCCCUAAACCCUGGACUGGUAGGGGGUCCUGAGGACUAACGUUGAGAACCCCUGAUCUAAAGGCUUUCAGCUCAGCAUCUAAAUGCCAGAUCUUAGUCCAGUUCCAUUGCUGGCUGUGCGUGUGCACACAGGAUGUAUUCAUGUGUCUACAAUGUUGUAUAUGUGAUGAAAGCAUACCUGAAUAUCCACUUUGACAAAGUCCUCUGGGCACAAAAAUGCCAGGCCUCUGUUUAACCCCUUAAGGACCAAACUUCUGGAAUAAGAGGGAAUCAUAACAUGUCACACAUGUCAUGUGACCUUAAGGGGUUAAACUUCCUCUCCCUCUAUUGUCUUCAGCAAUUAAAUCUGUAUAAAUAGUGAUACUUUUUAAUCCAAUAUGGCAGUUUUGAGGUUUCCUUUUGUUGCUCCACGUGAAAGAUCCCAAUGCAAUGUUUACUACCUUCUCAAUAACAUCAUGGAGAGGCAUGCCUUGUUACCUAGUCAUCAUAACCAUAACUAUUCAGGCACAGAACACAUCCAUCUUCUUCUUCUUGUUAAAUCUCCAUAAGCCAUUUUGCCAGCACUGAAUGUACACAGAGUUAAUGUGUCCAUGUUGGCAGCACCAAAACCAUAAAUUGCAAAACACAUUUUCCCAUUCAAACAUUUUGAAUGCAUAAUGAGGAUAGUUAAGUUUUCUUAAAUGAUAUCCCAAGCUAAAGGUAAGCUAUAAUACCAGGAACGCCUCUGUUUUUUGGCAAAUCACUUGAAAUAAAGUGUGACAAAGACAAAGGCUCAACCCAUGGAUUGUUCACAACUUACCACUAAAAAAAGCUGUAAGGGUUAUUCCAAAACCAAUACCCAUGUCCUAUCCGAUCGUCUCAUGAAGUCAGUCGAGGCCGAGGAUCUCCUUCAAAUAGUCACUGACUUGUUGGUUGAUGAACUUGUCCAACAAAAUCAUGAUAGUUUUAUUCUUCUUGGCGCAAGGCAGGAAUACAUUAAAGUCCAAAUAUAACCCUAAGGUCUUAGUGUCUUGGGGAAACAAUGUUUUGGAAUGGUUACUGUUGCAAUCAUAGUUAUUGUUAUAAAUUUGUAAGGAAAAGUAAAUUAAUGGAAUGUAGUGGGACAAAAUAGUCUUUGGAAAAGUGUGUAAUUAACAAAAUAAAUUUGUUUCCAAAUUUUUUUCCACAUGUGCAUUACGUCUAGUAAAUUCUUCCCUUUGUUUCAGUAAAUAAUAUUACAGCGUUAGGAUUUUUGAUCUGAACACUGUAGUUGCUUUCUAUACGUCGCUCUUUACUCUUUAUUUUGUUUCAUUACAGAAGCUGACAGUCACGCUAGCCCUGGGUACUUUGGUGGCAACAAUUGGGUCGUCGUUCCAGUACGGAUACAAUGUGGCCUCCGUGAACUCUCCUGCUCCAGUAAGUACUGAUUUUUAUCAUUUAGAUAAUGACCGUCCACUUUGAAAAAACUGUUUGGGAUGCAUUUAAAACAGUGCAAAUUUGAUGCCCCCAAAAUCAGUUGUAUUUAUUGACUCAGCCUCCCUCAGUUUAUGUCCAUUAGUCGUUGUUAGUACAAAUGUUACAAUGUGGCCACAUAAUGGGAUACCUCUGCCUGUCUGCUGAUAACAUUCCGCCGAUCCCCUUCCCACUCCCUCCCAUACCAGCACUGUGGGGUCUUCUAAUAAUGUAUCCCUCAAAAACAGCAUUAUGUUUCUUCUGAUAAUGUGCCCCUCAUAACUAGCACUCUGUGUGUCCAUUUUGUUUUGCUUUUGUCUUCAUAGUGACACUUGUAUUCAUAUAUUUUGCAGUUUAUGAAAGCAUUUUACAAUGAAACAUACUCUGUGCAUUAUAAGAAAGACAUCACUGGUAAUGUCAUGUCUGUGCUCUGGUCGCUCACAGUGUCCUUGUACCCACUGGGAGGAUUUUUUGGCUCCUUAAUGGUGGGCCCUCUGGUGAACAAAAUUGGCAGGUAAGUCUGUAGACUACAGCUAGAAAAUGUUCUGCAUGCAGCGAAUAAUUCUGUUGUCAUUUUCUGUUUUUUUUUUUAUAUAUUAAUUAGCUAUCUAGGCAUAAUGAUGUCAAUCGGGUUAUAUUUCCAUAUUUGCUCUUGUAGGAGAGGUACACUCCUCUUGAACAACAUCUUCUCCAUUGUCCCAGCUAUCUUGAUGGGGACCAGUGUUGUGGCGCAAACCUUUGAAAUUAUCAUCGUUUCUCGGUUUGUGAUCGGUAUCUGUGCAGGUAUGUUAUGCAUCACAGAGAAAGCGAUGCCAGUCUGGUACCCUGAUGACCACUAAACUAACAUAUGUCUUGUAGGUCUAUCCUCCAAUGUCGUCCCUAUGUACGUGGGAGAGAUGUCACCCAAAAAUCUUCGAGGAGGCAUCGGAGUCAUGCCCCAACUAAUGAUUACUGUUGGUAUCCUUAUGGCACAGAUAUUUGGAAUUCGAUUCAUCCUUGGAAAUACGGACGGUAAGAUCUUCCUUAAAUAAGGUGGGUUUUAAAUGGUUAUGGCAGUUGUAAAAUCUAAAGGUACAUUUUUUUAUCUUUAUUGUGGAAAACACUAUUUUGUUUUAAAAAUAGACAUAUUAUCGUAAGGACACAAACUAGUAAAUCAUUAACUAUAUGAUUAUUGCAAGGUACGAGAUAUGGGUGCAAUAUAAAAAAGUUACCCUACAGUUUUUUAUCUAUAUCUACCCAACCAACCUGACCAUUUACUGCUCUCCACUGUGGAAGGUGGAUUGUAUGGUAUAACAAUAAUAUGUUCAGUACACCCAAACUACUUUUUAUUCUUGGUCUAUACAUGGCAUUUGCAGCACAGCCUGUCCACUAGUGUACACGGAUGUACUGCAAAAUGCCGCUCUCGUGAUUUGAUGCCAUACAUGGUCUAUAAGACUAGGAGGUCAGGAAAGUUCUAGCAUUGAGUCAUCACUUAUUAGGAACGAGUGUUAGUUUAAACUAAAGGGUUCAGGUUGGAGUCUGUUACCUUAGUAAAGUCACCGUAGAUCAUUAAGUGGUCCUAUUUCAGAUUUGCAAUCUUGGAAACAGAAGAAAGGUUUGCUAAGGCUUACCUGAAAAGUUCUCUCUAGAUUAAAUCACUGCUCUCUUGGAUCUUGUAAACAUAGACAAUAAAAAUGUACAUUACUGUUUUUGUACUGUCUUUUCCAGGUUGGCCAAUAUUGUUGGCCCUGACUGGUAUCCCUGCUGUGCUAGAAUUAGUCUUUCUACCCUUCUUCCCAGAGAGUCCAAGGUACACCUUACUUAACAAGGGUAAUGAAGACAAGGCCAAGCGAGGUAAGUCUUGUUACCUUCAAGGUCCAGUUUACCAGCAGAACACUAGUAAAAAGACCUAUGCUCACAAUUUGUUUAGACCCCGUGCAUGACCCACUACACAUUUCUUGUAUCAUGUACAUUACAUCUUCAAUAAUAGCUUUUUUAAUGUUUCAUAUACUUCUUUCAUUUUUCAGUGGAGCUUGCAGUAUGUGUACCUAAGGUAGAGUGAUCUGUAAGGCAGUGAUCUGUUUAAUAACUCUAAAGUUGACAUCUUUAAACUGACAUUGUGUUUAAAGGUCAUCAAAGAUGUAACACUACUGUCCCAAAUAAUGAUAAAAGUGUUUGGAGAUCUGCACAAUAAAUGGACCCAAAUCUGUUGUGAUUUCCUUUGAAGCCCUGCAAAAAUUGAGAGGAUGGGAAGAUGUUGAUGGUGAAAUAAAAGAGAUGUAUCUUGAGGAUCAAUCGGAGAAAGAAGAAGGAGAGCUAUCCGUGAAGAACCUGUGCACCUUCCGUCCCCUACGUUGGCAACUCAUCAUUAUAAUUAUCUUGAACAUGGGACAACAGCUGUCUGGGAUAAAUGCGGUGAGACCUCGAGAACUUUGCUUGAAUUCUUUAGAUUCUUUAGAAUCUGUAGAUGUAUAAGGGAAUGCAGGAAGCUGCAUUUAACUUGGGACCUUCAUUCUGAUUUAAAUUACAUUUACAAUUAACUGCCAGAUAGGAUUUGGGGGAUUGUAGUCUAUAGGAAUGUUCUCCAACCCAGUCCUCUUGGACCACCAAAAGUCAAGUUUUUUUUCAGUAUAUCCAUUGGAAUAAAACAGGGAAAUUCAUAAAUCCUGGACUGAUGGUGGUCCAUGAGGACUGGGUUGGGGACUACAUGUAGGUCUAUCCUCCCAUGUCGUCCCCAUCGCAUAUAGUGCCAAUAUAUAGUUAUCAUUAGAGACUUUAACAAAAUGGAAUAUGACAAAGUUUUAUGGUGGUUAUUUAGGUUUACAAGGUUAUUUUCACUAAAAAGAAGAAUAGAGCCAUAUUUUACCAUUAAAAAGGGACACUACCCACAAUUUAGCUUUACAUUUAUUUGGAUGCGGCCACGCUACAAAGGGGAAAGCAAGGAGGCACAAUCAGAGGGGAGGGAGAGAAGAAACCACAAAGGGAGGGGGUGGAAAAGAUCCCAAAGGGAGCUGGUGGGAAAGACACAUAAGAGGGGCUGGGGAAGGGAAAAAAGAGAAACACAAAAGUGGCUGAGGGGAGAGACACAUAGAGGGGCUAGGGGGAAAAGAGACACAUAGAGGGGCAUGGGGGGAAAAGAGACACGUAGAGGGGAUGAGGGAAAAAACGCAUGUAGAGCGGAUGGGGAAAAGAGACACGUAGAGGGGAUGGGGAAAAGAGACACACAGAGGGGCUGGGCGGGAGAAAGACACAUGCAAAGUGGAUGGGGGUCACAGGGACACACAGAGUAGCUGGAGAAGGGGAAAAAGAGACACACGAAUAGGGCUUGGAAAGAAAGAGACACCUAGGGGCUUGAGAAGGGGAACAAAGGCAAAGCGGGGCUAAGAGAUAAACAAGUGAAGUGAAGAUGCAAUUUUUUGGGGUGGGGGAAGCAAAAAAUGUUUUCGCCUGUGUAGCCAAGGUUCCUUGCACCGGCCCUGAUGGCCCAAUAAAAAAAGAUCAAUGGGUGAUGUCAUAAAUCGUAUUAGAGUAGACUAAGCAUGUCUAAAUAUUUUAUGACCAAAUAAUGGAACAUGCUAGGAAAUGUUUUUUUGAAGGAUGGAUUUAGAAUUUUUUUUUUCACUUGAAGUAAAGAGUAACAUGUCAUGUGUCCUUAAGGGGUUAAGUGUGAACUGCUGGAAAUUCAAUGUGACUUUCACAUUUUAAGCCUUAAAUUAGAGGGCCAAAAUUUUUAAUUCACAUUCAAUUCACUUUGAAUCCCCUGCAGUUCACACAAGAACACAUUGUUAAUUGAGGUAGACAUAACAUAAAAUUGUCUCAGGGUCAGAGAACAGAAUGCAUGCUUAAAGAGGAACACAAGGGACACAGACACGUAUAAUAAAUUUAAAAAAGUAAAUGAAGUAAAACUGCUUAAAACAUUUUAAUAGAUGAGAACUGUUUAACAAAUAAUAAUAAGUAUAUGUACCUUUCUGGUGGUCGUGUUUGUUUAACACAUUUCAGUACGUUAGAUUUGAAGUUUGUCUUUGACGUGCCAUAAAUUAGAACAGUCUGUGAUUUCUCAUUCAUGGUCAUCAAUCCAAGCAUCCGUUCUGAGGUCUACAGCUAUUGUUUUGUGGUUGAUUUUCACACAGCAAGUAGCAUUAACAUUUAAACUAACAUUUAAUAACCGUUGUGGAGUAGAGCUCUCAGACUACAAACAAAGCCGUAUCAUAAAGAAACUGCUUCCAUUCUCUUUAACGGUGUUUUAUUUAUUUUAUUUAUUUGUCAAGGAUAGACUGACCGCAAGCCUGCAGUAAUGGCAAGCCAAAGAAAUAAGCUUAAUAAAUAAUUUCUUCUUAGAGUUAUUAAAACAGGUUGAUUUACAGUCACAUUACAUGUCACUGUCUGUGUGUGUGUGUGUCUGUGUGUGUGUGUGUGUGUGUGUAUUUGUUUGUUUUUAGGUAUAUGAUCAUAAUUAAAAAUUCUAGAAAAUAUAUUUCCAAUGCAUUAUUUAACUGAUGUCUUGCUUAUAGGUUUAUUACUAUGCAGACAGUAUAUAUGCAGAGGCUGGGCUUAAUGAUGAAACCAUCCAGUAUGUAACUGUGGGAACAGGAUCAGUCAAUGUUCUCAUGACAGUGGCUGCGGUAAGUAGUGUUUGUGCAAGGUUGUAUAAAGCUUAAAUAUGAGAGGACUUUAAAGGGACACUGUAGGCACCCAGACCACUUCAGCUCAUUAAAGUGGUCUGGGUGUAGUGUCCCAUCACCCUUAACCCGAAGCAUGUAAUUAUUGCAGUUUUUUUAAAAUAAUUACAGGCUAGGGUUAACGCCUCCCUUAGCGGCUGUCUACCAGACAGCCACUAGAGGGACUUCUGGGUCUUUAGGCAACUUUUGGUCACCUAAAUGACGCUGGACGUGCUUCUGCAUUACCUUAAUCCCCACAAAAAAACAAAGAAUAAUGCUUUCCUAUGGGGAAAUCCUAAUGCGCGUUAGGUCGUCUCCCCUGCUGGCGGAUGUCGGCGGGAGAGGAGUGAAGGCAGACCUGAGCCAGCACCGAGGGACCUCAGCACUGGACCCAGGUAAGUGACAGAAGGGGUUUUUAAGCAAGGGAUGGGGGAUCCUUGACAGAGGGGGAAGCUACAGUGCCAGGAAAACAAGUUUGUUUUUCAGGCACUAUAGUAUCUCUUAAAUCAUGCGGAAGGAACAGGUAAAGCUAGGCGCCCAGCAGACAAAAUAAAUCAGGCAGAAGGAUGUGCACGGGGUUAUCUCUGGAAGUGAGAAUUAGCUAAACUAGAAGAAUUCUUCAAGUCAUCCAUGAUUCCAGUUCAACUAGUUUGGCCUUACAUUUGAAAUUCACUUUGAAUUUCUGACAAUUGUCGCAUUAGUGAAUGAACCUGUAAGACAGAAAUAUUUUAUAUAAAUUUAUUAUCAAAAUAGUCAUUCGAGACAGAAAGCAAAGGAGGCAAUUUAUAUUAAAAAUACACUUCGCAAUAUAAAUUUACAAAAUUUUUGAGUAGCACUUACAAUGAUGCCCGGUCACAUACUUAUUAAGCAGACAUUGUAUUUUGGAAUGUUAAUGUACUGGCAAUUGGCUGGCAAGCUAUAAGCUAGUCCCUCUUCACCUACUGUUCCUUUAUUUCAAACGCGCUUUGUUAGAAUGAAUUGUUUGUCAUGUUUACCUGUUGUACAGCGCUACAAAAUAUGUUGGAGCUAUAUAAAUAAUUGUAAUUUCACUAUGCUGCAUUUGCUACCGAUGUUGUUUUGGGGUCAAAAGAAGAGAGCUUGAAGAUAUGCCUGUUUUAUGUCAACAUAAAAUCUACGUAUUGUACAGGGAAAGGAGGCUGUGUGUGCAGUCUGCUUUCAAGUGGUUUAUAAAGUAGACAAAACAAGUCGUCUUUGUCACCACUGUGAAAUUGAGGUUGUGUCACAAGAAAGUCUGUCUAAGUUUGUCUAACCAAUCAAAUAUCUUGCCCAAGCAAAGAGGAAGUAAAACAUUCUCAAUAUUGACCGAACAGCAGAGGGAUUGAUUUUUGAUACCAAGAAGACUUUUUUGUUUGUUUUUUGCAAACCAUUUGAAAAUGAUUUGGGGGAAAAAAGAAAGACUCUUCUUUUUUCCUGUAUGCACCAUAACCACUAUAAUCAUUCAUUGUUGCCUGUUGCUGCGGCGGCAGUUCAUAGGGCCUGACAACUUCAUUUAUAAGUAAGAAGAAAUUUAGCGAGCUCACAAUACAGUGAGGGGAAAAAAGUAUUUGAUCCCCUGCUGAUUUUGAAUGUUUGCCCACCGACAAAGAAAUGAUCAGUCUAUAAUUUUAAUGGUAGGUGUAUUUUAACAGUGAGAGACAAAAUAACAACAACAACAAAAAUACAGAAAAAUGCAUGUCAAAGUUAUAAAUUUAUUUGCAUGCCAAUGAGUAAAAUUUUGACCCCUUCGUACUUGGUGGCAAAACCCUUCCUGGAUAUCACAGAGGUCAGACGUUUCUUGUAGUUGGCCACCAGGUUUGCCCACAUCUCAGGAGAGAAUUUGUCCCACUCCUCUUUGCAGAUCCUCUCCAAGUAAUUAAUGUUUUGAGGCUGACAUGUGGCAACUUGAACCUUCAGCUCCCUCCACAGAUUUUCUAUGGGAUUAAGGUCUGGAGACUGGCUAGGCCACUCCAGGACCUUAAUGUGCUUAUUUUUGAGCCACUCCUUUGUUGCCAUGGCUGUGUGUUUUGGGUCAUUGAAUACCCAUCCACGACCCAUUUUCAAUACCCUGGCUGAGGAAGGAGGUUCUCAUCCAACAUUUGACGGUACAUAGUCCCGUCCAUCGUCUCUUUGAUGCGGUGCAAUUGUUUUUUCCCCAUAGCAGAAAAACACCUCCAAAGCAUGAUGUUUCCACCACCAUGUUUGAUGGUGGGGAUGGUGUUCUUGGGGUCAUAAGCAGCAUUCCUCCUCCUCCAAACACAAAGAGUUGAGUUGAUGCCAAAGAGCUCGAUUUUGGUCUCAUUUGACCAUAACACUUUCACCCAGUUCUCUUCUGAAUCAUUGAGAUGUUCAUUGGAAAACUUCAGAUGGACCUCUACUCGUGCUUUCUUGAGCAGGAGGGCCUUGCGGGCGCUGCAGGAUUUCAGCCCUUCACGACAUAGUGUGUUAUCAAUUGUUUUCCUGGUGACUAUGUUACCAGCUGCCUUGAGAUUAUUAACAAGAUCCUCCUGUGAGAUUCCUCACCGUUCUCAUGAUCAUUGAAACUCCACGAGGUGAGAUCUUGCAUGGUGCACCAGACUGAGCAAGACUGACAGUUAUUUUGUGUUUCUUCCAUUUGCGAAUAAUCGUACCAACUGUUGUCACCUUCUCACCAAGCUGCUUGGCAAUGGUCUUGCAGCCCAUUCCAGCCUUGUGUAGGUCUACAAUCUUGUCCCUGACAUCCUUGGUAUUCCCUGAAAUUCUUUAAGACUCCUUAAAGGCAAAAUUUCUAAGCACAGAAAUAGAAUAUUUAAUGUUGAUUUUUCUAACUAUGUUGCUUUUCUGACUAUGCAGAAGAAUAUUAUUAUUAUUAUCGCCAUUUAUAUAGCGCCAACGGAUUCCAUAGCACUUUACAAGUAAGUUACACAAUGGAGCAUGUCCCUAAAUUAUGACUGUAUUACUUGCAAAAUUAUGCCAGUGUUUAAAAAAGGUAAAACAUGGGUAGUGAAAUAGAACAACUGUAAGGGUUUGUUCAACUUAAUUAAUUGUCAUAUACUGACAUCUAGUGGUAUCAUAAGAUAAUGCAUGCCCAAAUAAGAAUUUAUUGGAAGUCUUUUAAAGGAACUCUCCUGAUUGAUAAAGCAUUUCCGUUUGCUGAAGUGCUUUUUUUGUUUGGAGCCUGGCAUUUUUUUGACAGUUUUUAAAUGUAACUAUUUCAAUAGAAAUUGGCACUUUCAUAACUGGGCACUAAAAUGCCUCCCUGACUGCUUGGUUUUGGUCAACUGAACUAACAGAAGUGGCCAUCCCCUUUUCUCAGAGAGCUGUACUAAAGCUUAUUGAAAACCUUUGGAAAACCAGGAAUGUGUGCGUCUGUGCAAUUGUAGCUCCGGCAAAGAGGCUUUUCAAUAAGAAGCCUCUGGUGAAUUCCCCACCAGAAAGUCUGUGUAAGGGGAGGGCUUGCAAAAGCUGCAGACAAAAAAAACAUGCAUGUUGUCUUUGUAUCUAUUUUAUUUAUUUAUUUUAUAUACUUAUAUUUAUUUAUAACAUAUUUUACCAGGAAGGAUACAUUGAGAUUUCUCUUGUUUUCAAGUAUGUCCUGGGUCUACAAAACAUUGCAUUGAUACAAUAGGGUACAAUUAGAUACAAAAACAAUAUUAAUACAAAAUAUAUACAAAAUUUUACAUAGAACAGGCAGGAAAUAUAUAAUCAACCAUGACACGUGCAAUCUGUUUUGAGGUAUGUAGAGAGGGAUCUCUUAAAGGACUUUAGGCUUGGGGAAGAUUUGAAAGUGUGCGGGAGGUCGUUCCACAAUUGCGGCGCUCUGUAGGAGAAGGAGGAUCGGGCUGCUUUCUUUUUUUAUUGAAGUAGACUAAAUAAAGUGCUGGUACUGGAUCGGAGGCUAUAGGAGGUGGGAACAGCCAGGGAGAGCAUUCUGCUCAGGUAGGGCGGGAGCUUCCCAGAAAAGCUCUUACAUACAAGGCUGGAAAGAUGAAGGGUGCGUAUGGAUUCCAGCAACAGCCAGUUUAGUUCUUUUAGCAUAUCACAAUGGUGGGUCCUGUAAUUACAUUGUAGCACAAAUCGGCAGAACGAGUUAUACAAUGUAUUGAGUUUAUUAAUGUGGGAUUGCAGUGCAGAUGCAUAUACUACAUCCCCAUAAUCAAUGAUUGGCAUCAGCAUUUGUUGUAAAAUCUUUUAUUUUACUGUAGGGCUUAGGCAGAAUUUGUUUCUGUACAGGGCACCUAGUUUUGGAUAAGGUUUAGAUGCAAGUUUUUCUAUGUAGAUUGGGGUCUAACAACAUACCCAGGUAUUUGAAAGAGUGGACUGCGGUCAGUGUGCUAUUUGAAUUAGUUUUGAUUGAUAGAUGGGAAUUGUGUAAUUUGUGUAAUUCAGGUACUGUUCCAAAGAUCAUUGUGACAGUUUUGUCAGUGUUUACUAAAUAGUAAAAAAAAAUAUAUUUAGAAAUAAAUAAAUAGAGGGUUCCUUUAAAGUUGUUUCAUAUAGGGAAAUGUUUUAUUUAUUUAUUUUAAACAAAUAUUUUAAUGAUCUAGAAUGCUUGCACACCUGGUCCUGCUUUGUAUUGUUUACAGACAUCUAAUCAUUGGCGCUUAUGGAUACUAUAAUCACAGCAAGGCUUAUCGUGUGCUAAGCACUGUUGCAGCCACUUUUUUCAGAUCCAUAUUGUGUCUGUCAUUUUUUUGUAACUGAUAUACUUGCAGGCCAAGCCAAAGGCAGGCUGGAAGUGAAUAGAAAUGUGUAUGGGUGAUUUCUAACUUGAAAUGAUCUGUACAGCUGCUUAUCUCAGAAUAAGAAGCCCUGGGUAUCUUUUAGAGUUUAGAUUUUUUUAUAACUUCUAUACAUAAGGCGCUCUAAGCUGCAUCAACUACAGAGACCCCUAUUUACAGACCAAGCUUGUUCUUCAAAAAUAGGAAAUGCCAGUACCACAAAUGUGUACUCUAGUCCACAUUUUGUAAACGUAACCCUAACCUUGUUUAUAUGUAUCAUUGAUCACAUCUUUUAUAACAGACAGGCACAUGUCUAUCCCCUAGCUGCACUCAUAGAGAAAAAAAAUCUAUACUUUCUGGACCACACACAUUGAUUUUUCUUUUAUGCAAUGUGGAUUGCAGAAUUUGUUAUGAAUAGAGCUGAACAAACUACAAAGAUGUUUAUCACUUUGAAACACUGGCUGCAUAUUAUACAUAGUAUGCAAUUCAGCAUCUGUUUUUUAACACAGUACAUGUCACAGAACAAAAUCCUACAUCUUGUCAUUGGGGGUACCCUGACAUGCUUUACCAACAAUCAAAAAAUUAUUUUUGUUAAUAUUGCUCAAUAUUCUGCAGCAUUGUACAGUCUCAAUAUGGUGCUAAUAAUACAGAAAAAAGUAUUUCUACACAUUGUUAUUAUUAUUAUUACUAUUGGCAUUUCCAUAGCCAACUAAUAGCCAACUAGUUCCGCAGCGCUUUACAAUAUUAUGAAAGUGUCACGGCUUCGCGGUCCCCCCUCCUCUUACCUGUAGGCAAGCGGCGUCCCCUCUGCACCGCACGCCGCUCGUGUCCUCCUCCUCGCCUCCCAGUGGCAGCAUGUGUAACGCUGCACGCUGGGAGUCCUGGCAUUUAUGUAAACGCCAGGGUCACUCACUUGACCCGGCGUUAAAGCCACAGUACCCUAAUCACAGUGGGAGGUAUAGAUGUCUCCCAUGUGUGAUUAUUAAUUCUGAUUGGAAGUUAUCCAAUCAGAAUUAAGCACUGCUGUUAAAUACUUACCUUUCCUGUCUCUCAGUGCCCUGUUGUGGUCUUGUGAUACCUGUAGUGCAGUUUGCUCGUGUUUCUCUCUGGUUACCGAUUAUUUGUCUUGUUAUUUCGAUUCUCCUAUAUUCUCCAUUCCUUUGACCUCGGCUUGUUUCUCGUUCUCCUGUUUUCUGGCUCCCUUUACUUGGCUUGUCUCCUGACUAUUCUUGUGUGCUUAACAGCCAAAUGCCACUAUUCUAAGGACCGGUAUAGCACCCUUCCUCUCUGUGACCUGUUAGCGUGAUAGGUUCCCGAACCGUGACAGAAAGCGGGGAACUUUCCAAUAAAUGAGACAAUUACCCAACAACACAGAAACAAUAAGUAAAUGAUUUAUUAAUAAAUACAUGCUACAGGGUUCCUGGAGUUUGUAAUAUAUAUAUAUUUUUUUUAAUUCUCUAGGUUUUCAUUGUCGAUUCCUGGGGAAGGAAAGCUUUGCUGCUUGUAGGGUUUGGAACGUGCUGUGUGGGCUGCGUUGUUCUAACGAUCGCUCUUGUUUACCAGGUGAGUUCACCGAUGUUAUAAUAACACCAAUUAUAUAGAAGUAACAGAGUGACUAAAUGAAACAUUACACGGCCUAUUGGGUAAGUUAAGAGGGUCAGCCCAGUGCGCUCUGCCUAUAAUUGCUGUCUAACACAGGGGUCCACUUUCUUUUCAUAAUUGGGGCUGAAAAUGUCAAGUCCUACACUACCAAACAGCAGACUUCAAGCCUUUAGGAUCCACAACUUACUCACCAGGGUACAUUUCAACUUGCCAGUGCUGGAUAUUUUAAAGGACACAAUCAUAAAAAUAAAUGUGAUAAUAAUGUCUGUGGUUUUCAUUUAUAAUGUUAAGUUAGUUCAAUCUCUUAACAGUCAACUGUAUCGUGGAUGCCUUACCUGAGCAUUGUCUGCAUCAUUGUCUAUGUGAUUGGUCAUGCCACGGGACCCAGUAAGUAGUGUGAGGUUUGAAAUGUCUUUUCUGUUGUACCAUGUGUAUUUUACAUAUUAAUCAUUUUGUCAUACGAGAUGAUACUCUGUUUCCAUUAAGCAAAGACCGGAUUAGCAAGAAGACAGGGGUCUUCACAAAAAGUGUAAACUGUCGGGAACUCAAAGUGGAUUUCAAAUUGUAUACCAUCGAACCUGAAAAAAUUCUCGAAGUCCGCUAUAAUUUAAAUUUGGUUUGAUGGUAUAAAAUGUGAAAUUCAUUUUCAAAUCCUGAUCAGAAGUGUACUAAAUAUUGGACGGUAGGUGCACAGAGCACUCGUCUCUCACCAAAGAAGCUCUGUAGAGGUUGUUUAGGGCUUCAGAGCGGUGUCGCCAGGGAGUUGAUGGGAUCUAUCCGUACUGAUUAGCCAGAACUCCCUCACAUCAGUUCAGAACUGCUGGGAGCUGGGCAGUCUUUGAAGAGAGAUCCCAGCAGCACCAUACUUGUCCACAGGCAUGAGGUUCCACACCAGCUCUCCCUGUAAAGGUAAGAACAGGGAGGCUGGGUGGACCUACUUGUAAAAAACAAACAACAGAAUAAAAAUUAAGUGUAUGUAUGAGUCUGAAUGUGAAUGAAUGUGUGUGUGAGUCUGUGUGUAUAUGAAUGUCUGUGUGUAUAUGAGUCUGUGUGCAUAUAUAAAUGUUUGUAUGUAUGUCCGUGUGUGCAUCUGUAUGUGUAUAUGAGUCGUCUGUUUGUGUAAAUGAAUGUGUGUGUGUAUGAGUCUGUGUGAAUAUAUAAAUGUGGGUAUAUCAAUGUGUUUGUGUAUGAAUCUAUGUGUACGUAUAUCAGUGUGUGUGUUUGUGUAUAUGUCUACGUAUUAUGUGUAUGAAUAUGAGUAUGUGUGUGUAAGUUAACUAACACAGAGUUGUUGAGGGGUACAGAGUGAGACAAACCCCCACCCAUACUCCUGACUUUACUACAUUUGAUUGUCUCCCUAGUCACCCCCACAGGCUGCUCACUGUUUAGUAGAUAUGCCCUUAUUCGCAGCAUAGUUAGUAGGGGCAGAAGGGAUAUAUUAAUCUCCCUUAUUUACUAAUACUAAGACAUUUUUACUUUGUAUUAGUAUAGUUGGCUAAAAGAACAAUUCUAGUCUUACAGCUUUUUAGUAGAUAGCUCCCUAAUAAUGUGGGAAUUAGGGGACUAGCUAGUAAACAGCUGCAGGAUGCGUCUCCGAAUGAAAGACCAAACCGAAUUGCGUCCUAACAUGAAUUGACAAACUGCACUCAUUCUGUUAGGACGAAAUUCGGUCCAUUCGCCAGCGCCCUAGUCUGCAUGACAGGACGUUCGGGAAUGUGGAGUGAAUCAACGCGAGAUCAUGGAAAUGGAGCCGACUUAAGCUCCUCCUUUGGUCAAAGAAGGUCAAGCGUAGGAAAAAUACAUAGCACGAAGUAGUCCCUACUUUAUCUUAUGUUUUAAAGAAAACUAGAUGAGAUAGAAAAAAAGAAGAACAGAUUCUGAGAGAGGAAGAGGAAACAAUAGGAGAAAGGUAAGUUCGGGGUCCCAGUGGCGCUUUAAUGUUAGCCACCUUUUUACAUCUGAUAUUGUAUUCAGCAUUGCCUUAUAUAUAUAGCAUUUCCUUCCUUAUACCUAAAGGGCCUGUGAGGGAGCCCUAUCCUUUAGGUGUGUUGCCUUUAUUUAAGUUUUUAAGCGCUGAUCCUUCUGUACACUUUUCAUGUAGUCCUUGUAUAUAAGCUGCUUGAAGCUCUUAAUUUUUUUUAAAGGAAUACGAUCAUGAUAACCACAAAAGACCUGUUUUAUUGAAUGUAUUUGUUGCCUUAAUAUUGAGCACAAUUUUAAGUAAAGAUUUUAGGGACACUAUAGGUACUAGAACUACUACAGCUCAAUGUACAAUGUACAGCAACAAUAGCAUGCCCAUGCCACCUCCUGUGUUCGGUUUUGGAAUUUUCAGCAACUCCACACUUUGCAUGGAGACACUAAACACUCCCGAUAGAGAUGCAUUGAGUCAAUGUAUCACUGAGGAGAUUGUGGAAUCUGUCCUUCCAAUGAUUCCGUCUAGGGAGGCAUUUGAUUGAGAUCACCUGUAUUGAUGAUCAGCAUUGGCAUGUUUAUAUUCCUAACGCUUAAAUGUUGCUUUUCUAAUUAAAAAUGUACAUUGUGAUUUUUUGAUGAAUGAAUAUGAAAGUACCUGACAACAGACUUAUUUCCUUCUCAGGUCCGGUCCCCACCAUAAUCACAACUGAGAUGUUCCGUCAAGCCUCCCGUCCAGCAGCCUUCAUGGUGGCCGGCACCGCGCACUGGUUGUCAAACUUCAUUGUUGGUCUAAUCUUCGAAUUCCUCAUGGUGAGUUCAUAUUCCUGGUAAUUAGACACUUUCAUCUUUCCCUGCCAUAUGUCUUCAAUAGCCAUAGCAAUUCUGGUUUACACAUUAUUAUUAGUAUCUUAUUGUCAUUAGAAAGGAGGAAGAUUUACUCACAGGGUUAUUCACUUAAAGUGAGAAUUGUCAGGAAUUAAAAGUGAAUUUAGAGUGGAUUUUCAAACAUUAGGCCAAAAUAGCCACAUAGCACAGCUGACUUGUAGAAUUUUCCCAGUUAAGCUAUUUUUGGCCUUAAAUUUAAAAUUCACUUUGAAUUUCUGCCAAUUCUCACUUUAUUAAAUAAACCUGUAUGUGUUCUAAUGUAGAGUAAAUCAUUCAUUAUGUUGUACUCUAUUACAAAAUAAUUUCUGCAAACGGUCUUCCUUAUGUGAAAGAUAUCUCCAUUGCACAAAGAAAUCCCCCAACAGAAAACAAUUUAUCAAGGGCAGCUGUCUGAGCUGUCUUUUUUGGAGCCCCACUGGAAUGGCCUGGAGACACGCUAUUUUAUAUAGGGCAAGCAGGUGUACUUAUAUUUGGUAGAGUUCGGUAGAGGGAAAGUGUGUGGGUAACAAACGAUCGAUUUUUGCUUUGGGUCCAGUCAAUGGGAAUUUUUUGACAUUUUCUCCUGGUCAAAACAUGUGCAUCUAAAGUUAGAAAAAAAACGGUGCAUUGGCAAUCAUACAAAAAAAAAACCUCAAAACAAAAUAAAUGUUUAUAGCUUUCGUGAUAUCCUAGUGGUGCAACUCAUCAUCUUCCUUCAUGUAACACAAAAGGUAGAUACAAUAGAAGUCCAUUCCAAGUUGGAUACGUGCAGGUAGGGCAUUCCUCGACCCUGUUUAGGUUGUAAACCCUACAGUUGUCCAUCCAAUUUGUCUAUUCUAACGUAUGUAUGGUCCUCUACAUUAAAAAGGAUUACUGUGCUCUAUGUGAUGUCUGAGAUUUUAACAGUAUUUAAUUAUUUCUUUUUCCAUGGCAGAAAGGAUUGGGCUCCUACUGUUUCAUCCUUUUUGCAGCCAUCUGCCUCGCUACCUUUAUUUUCAUUUAUAUUUUCGUCCCGGAAACCAAAGGCAAAUCUUUCCUGGAGAUUAGCCAGAUAAUGGCAAAAAGGAACGGACUUGAAGAGAGAGCAGACUCAAAGGAAUUUUUAGACGUUCACCCACUGUCCAGUGGAAUUCCAUUGGAAAAGAAAGACUUUAGUUCUGGAGAAAUUCCGUUGGAAAAAAUGGAUAACUUGACCAAUGAAACAACUUUGGGAAAAAAGGACAGCGCUACACCAUUAUAAUUAACGUGUUGCCGUAUUAACCUCAUCACUGACAUACAAGGCACAGGGAGCUACUGCUAUGAAGGAUGACAUCGAUGGCAGAAACGUUGCCCCUAGCAGCCUGUGUUCUACAAGUUACCAGCUACGGUUGCAUAGAUUCAAUGUGACGUCAAGGUGUUUAAUCGUCUGUUGUACUGUUUACUUUUAGUUAGAAAUAUGUGUAAAAUGUUACAGUUACUUCAAAAUUAUUCCACGUGCAUCACGCAUUGCGACAAAGAAUUGAUUAGUUUCGAAAACGUAUUUUACAGUGAUUUUGCUCCGAGAACAUUUGGACCUUAACAUUAAGGAUGAAUGUGUUCUACUAUGUAUAUAAAGCAACAACUGGUCCUCAAUAAAUCUAUCUAUAUGUAUGGAGCUCAGUUGUGAUAAUUUUUUAACACUCCCUAUCCACUCUUAAAGGACCACUAAAGUCACCCAGACCACUUCAUCUCGUUAAAGUUGUCUGGGUGCAGUGGUCCUGUCAUAUUAACCCUGUAAUGUAAAACAUUGCUGCUCAGUAAAAACUGCAAUAAUUACAUUGUGGGGUUAAACACACCUGUGGUGGUGAUCUUCUUGAUAGCCACUAGAGUUGGCUCCUCCACCAGCACAGAGGGAAACUCGGCCCUGGAAUCCUUUGUUCCUGAUAUUGGCAUUUGAUUGGAGGAGAGAGGUGUUUGGCCGGACAUGCCUAGUUCCAAUCCAAUGCUUCACUAAAAGAACCAGUGGAUUGGAGGAGAUCUUUGGUGAUGUCGGAUUUGAUGCCGACAUGGCUGUAGGAAGAGCUGGGGGCUUCAGUGGAUUGGUUCCCAGCCUUAGGAACUAGG